CCUCUGGCAAGGAGUUCCACAAGUUGACUGUGCACUGUGUGAAGAAAUACUUAUUUUGGUUUGUUAUAAACUUACUGCCUAUAAAUUUCAUUUGGUGGCCUUUGCCUCCUACGUUAUGCAAAGGAGUACUUAACACUUACUUAUGUAGGUUCUUUGCUCCAGUCAGGAUUUUAUAGAUUAGAUUCCCCCCUAGCUGUCACUUUUCCCAGCUGAAAAGUCCCAGUCUUAUUAAUCUCUCCUAAUACAGAUGCUGUUCCAGACCACUAAUGAAUGAGUUACUGGGGGGUGGAGACUGGGAAGUCAGGAUUCCUGGGUUCUAUCACAGUUCUAGGUGGUGGAAAAAAGGGAAGCCAGUUUGGCGGGGCAAAAAGGGAAGUCAGGGCUCCUGGGAUUCAUCCAAGGUGGUGUCUUCCGUUCCAAUUAUUUUCUCUCCCCUAGGUGUUGGACUGAUGAAUGUCUCGGAUGUCACACACUUCACCCUUCUGGGCCUGUCCCACUCCCGUCCUCUCCAGCUUCUCCUCUUCGGCCUCGUCGUGGCCUGCUAUGCCGCCAGCCUGCUGGGCAAUCUCCUCAUUGUGCUGACAGUGCAGGUGAACCUCCACCUCCUCCAGUCCCCCAUGUACUUCUUCCUGGCCAACCUCUCGCUCAUCGACAUGGCUCUGGGCUCUGUGGCAGCACCCAAGAUGCUCAGUGACUUACUGAGCCAGGGCAGCACUAUCUCCUACGGAGGCUGCAUGGCCCAGAUCUUCUUCCUCCACUUCCUGGACCCACCCAGCUGGACAAUUUCUACUGUUCGCUAUGUGGCCAUCUGCCACCCACUGAGCUACGCCGAGAUCAUGUGCCGCCAGCGCUGCCGGGGCCUCCUGGCAGCCUGUUGGUGUGGAGGCUUUCUCCACUCUGCCACUCAGUUGGUGUUGGUGAUCCGGCUGCCAUUUUGUGGGCCCACCCAGCUGGACAAUUUCUACUGUGAUGUUCCCCAAGUGGUCAGGCUAGCCUGCACUGACACCUACAUGGUGGAGAUACUCAUGGUGUCCAAUAGUCGCCUGAUAUCGCUGGUUUGCUUCCUGGUCUUGCUGGGGUCAUACGGUGUCAUCUUGAUGACCCUCAGGGGUCGCUUUGGGGAUGGGAGUGGUGGGAAGGCUUUGUCUACCUGUAGCUCUCACUUGACAGUGGUGAGUCUUCUCUUUGUGCCUUGUGUUUUUGUCUACUUCCGGCCUUUCUCCAGCUCACACAUGGACAAGAUGGCCUCCGUUUUCUACACCAUCAUCACGCCAGUCCUGAACCCUGUCAUCUAUACCUUGAGGAACAGGGAGGUCAAAGAAGCUAUGAAGCGAGUGAGGCAUAAGCUUUGGUUCCUUGGUUGGAUGGAGUUGCUGACAGGAAGCUGAGAAAAACAGUGAUUUGUAUAUGUAUUUUGUGAGGAUCAGUGUAAAAAUUAUGUGAUGCAGAGAUCCAUAUGAACAAAAACCAUAUUGCUUCACCAAUAUUCCCUCUAAUUUUUUCCACCUAUGUGCUGAAUAAAUUUUUUAUGUGCACUGAGGCAUGGACAGUGGUGCACCACCAAUAGAAACUUGUGCUGCCAGUUGUGAGUGGCUGUGGAUGCUCUGCUAAUCAGCUGGGCAGCAUCUGAAUCUCUCCUAUGUGGCCAGUCAAACGCUCACCUUCCAGCGAACACUGGCUCCUUCACAAAUAUAUUUGGUUUCUUCUUGGGUCGGUAUCCAUGGGAAUGGUGGCAUGUUUUUAGUGAGGAUUUCGGCCAAAUUUGGCAUAUGACAUGGGGAGCCACACACAUUUUUUUCACCACUCGAGUUUCAAUUUUUCAUUCGGAAUGAAGUGAGCCUCGUAGGUGGGUGGGUGGGAGAGGUAGGCUACGUCUACACU